AUGGCCGAAUGUAAUAAAAGGAAGCGCAAGGAGGACCACGAGGACUCUGCAACCGCCGCGCCUCAGCAGGAUUCCGCAAUCACAUCAGCCGAACCCCUCGGUGGGACGACCUCCCUCGUUUCGGACGCAGCAGCUUCAACCUACCACCACAACGACGAUGCUGCGCAUCGGUCGAAGAAAAAGCGAGUAGACGGAGAAAAAGCAAAAUACCCUGAUUUGUUAUACAUGGAGGGCAAACUUCAGUCUUCAAUCCGAAUUGCGGACCUGCAGGGGUUGCUUCUCUACUGCUUCGCGGACGGCAUUGCGCCGCAAUGGAUCUCUGUCAAACACUCUCGAAACAUGCGAAAAGUGGUCGUUCUGAUGGUUCCUGGACUGGAGAUUGGCAUGUUUGAUGGUACAAUUCCUCUGGAGCCUGAAAAAGAAGGUGCUCAAGUCGAAACUGAGAAGUCGAACCGUGACGAAUCAACCGCCGAGGCCCGGAAAGCUGCCGAUUUCGAGAAAUGGAAGCAAGGACUUCCACUCGAAGACCGAUCCAAUCGUUUUAACCCACGAGGCCUUUCGUCCGACCGACUUCCGGCCCCUCUACGACCCCUGGCACAUAUGUUCCCCCACAUCUGGCCUGUCAAGGCCCCUGGAGACAAUAAAUAUAACAAGGUGCAUUCACCUCUUCAAGCCCUCCUGUUAUCCCAGUUGCCAAAGUCUAAGGAGGAUAACGGGCGUAAGGGUGCACGCCCAGCUCGUGUUGAAAAGGGCUUUACUGAAAAGCGAACACCCAUCACAACCUUUCUCAGCACAAUGGAGCAGCUUCGAGAGAAUGAUUAUACUUUACACCCUUCAUUCUUUACCUCGGAGGCAGAGAAGUCCGCGGAGUUAGAGGCACGCAAAGCGAAUAAUCAAUCAGAGGAAGAUGGUUGGGUUGAUACUUUGGUUCCUAGCCUGGAUGCUGGUGACGUGCCCGAUGCUGAAAUCGAAAAGGGCAGCAUGACCGAUGGUCGGGAUGUGUUAGCUCUCGACUGCGAGAUGUGUCUCACAGAAGGCGGUCAGUCUGAAUUGACUCGUAUCAGUAUCAUGCGUUGGGAUAAUGAGGUUGUUAUGGAUGAGUUGGUGAAGCCUCCCCGGCCCGUCAUCGAUUACCUUACUCGCUUUUCUGGAAUCACCCAAGAGAUGCUGGAUCCCGUUACAACGACUCUUCCUGAUAUUCAAAAGAAACUUCUUUCUAUACUGACACCUCGUACGAUCCUGGUCGGGCAUUCUCUUAAUUCGGACCUGACAGCGCUGAAGCUGACACAUCCCUUCAUUGUUGACACGGGUAUCACUUACCCGCACCCACGUGGACCGCCAUUAAAGUGUAGUCUUAAGUGGCUAACCCAAAAGUACCUGAAUAAAGAAAUUCAGAAGGGGACUUCAGGCCACGACUCAGUCGAAGAUGCUCGUGCUGUACUGGACCUGGUCAAGUUGAAGUGUGAAAAGGGCGAGCGAUGGGGUACUAGUGAUGCCUCUAAUGAAAGUAUUUUCCGUCGCCUUGGCCGUCACCAGCCUCGUGUCAAAUCCUCUUCUGAGGAUGGCUUGACUGGUGCUGUGGUAGACUGGGGUAAUCCAGAGCGUGGCUUUGGAGCACAGGCAACCGUUUCCAUCGGGUGCAGUGAUGACGAUGCCGUUGUAAAGGGUGUCUCUGCCACUAUCAACGGUGACGAUUCAAAUACCGCCAUUCCCGGCGCUGGUGUGGACUUCACGUGGGCUCGUCUGCGCAAUCUUGAACAGUUCCGUGGGUGGUGCACACGUCUUCCUGAUGCCAGCAAUGCCAACGAAUCUACCACUGUCCCUGCUGCCUUUCCAGAAGAAACCACGCCAACUACUAGCACAGACGACCCCUCUGUCUCUACAUAUAACCCGACCCUUGCAGAAACAGUGACCCAAACUGUCUCGAAUAUUUCUCAGAUCUACGAAUCGCUUCCUUCAUGCACAAUGUUCAUUGUAUAUUCAGGCACUGGCGACCCACGGGAAGUCAACCGUCUCCAAACAAUGCAUAAGACAUACCGUGAUGAGUUCCGAGGGCAUAAGCCAUGGGAUGAGUUGAGUGUGAAGUGGACAGACGUGGAGGAACAGGCUCUAAAGAGAGCAUGUGAACAGGCUCGCGAAGGCUGUGGAUUCAUGUGUGUCAAGUAG